AUGAUUCGCAGAGAAUCUGAAGCGGGCACUCUUGGAGACUACCUUCUCAUGUUUGUCUGUCUCGUUGCUGCAAUCGGGCUCGCCGUGGCAAUCCGAUACUCAUGGAUGAGUGACGCCUACACGGUGGACGAGAGUGGUGACAACUGGGAAGAAUAUGGCGAAGGCAACGAAGCACACGGGGAUCAAUCGCAUGAUCCAUCGCCCGACACUGUAUACUCACCGGCAACACUGCGUAUGCUUACGACGACGGACACAAUCAGCAACUUCACCACUUCUGGAAACGACACUACGUUGACCAUCACCAGGGUCGUGACAACAAUAACCGUAACGGUUACAACGAUAACGUCUGGAAUAACUCUCACAACCACCACGACGACGACCAGCACAACAACGGACCACUCGGUGACGUUACUACGUACUCCCGCCGUUCCGCGAACCCCUCUGGACUGGAAAAUCCUUUCAUCAGUUCUCUCUUCGGAAGAUCUCUGCAAGUUCUCCUUCUACCAGAGCUAUGUAGCCAAGGCUUUUGACUUGGAACCCCUCAUUGCUGAUAUUAGGAAAGCGCAAAGGCAGACAACAUGUGAACACACUGGAACGUGCCUUGGGAUGUCCGCUACAUCCAUCGCUGCAGCUACCAAAGAGAAAUUGAUGCACGGCUUCUGGCAUACGAAUGUCUGCCAUUCCUUUGACGGACGCCACAACGCGACCAAUGGUAUCAUCGAAGCCCCGUCAAUUGACUUGCCGCCCAUUACGCCUUUAGAGUUGUUUUUAUAACCUUUGCUGACUUGUUGUGCUAGUGGAUGAUUUUGUUAUCGAUUAUUACUUUGCUUCGCUGCCUCUACAUAUCGGUAUGUUCUUUUCAACUCAAGUUACUCGCUUAUUUACUUACGUACUCGUUACAACUCCACUACAAGUUCACAUUUCUCAUCAAUAAACCGGGUUGUUAAAGUA